AUGCAGUUCAAAAAACUUGUUCAAGAGAUGGCAGACGACUUGAACUGUAUUACAACAUCAAUGGCCAUUGCUGUCUGUACGGAAUUACAAAAUAGGAGAUUAAAAUUUGCGGCGCGGGUACUAAUCGCUGCAAGAUGCCCGCAUCUUCUAGCGAAGCUCGAUGAUUACUGCCCAUCGCCAUCCCGUGGCUGGCUUAAUCAUAUCGCCACAAGAUUGUCAAUUCGGAUUGUGAGCUCCCAAACUAUUGAUAUGCUCCGACGCUCUACCUGUGACGCAAACCAUAUUCGCCAAUUUUUCCUCUCCAAGCAUAGAUACUUUGCCCGCAGGAAGAAGUUUAUUGCGAAUAUGGACGAGACAAUGCUCUAUUCCAAACGUCGCUAUAAAGUUCUUACUGCUGGCCGGAAUCGCCCAGUUCGCGCUGAAAAGUCUCAGCUUCCACAUCUUACAGGGGUCUGUACCAUCUUUGCAGAUGGUACAACUAUGAAGCCAAUGGUGAUACUUCCACAAAAGAAGACCCUUGAUGCGGAAUUGGAAGAUCUGGACGCCUUUUUUGUUCGCUCCGAGAGUGGAUGGAUGAACAAAUACCUUUUUAUGGUAUACUGUAUCAUGUUCAUCUGCAAAGUACAGGAGAAAAGGUCUCAAAUGAAUGUGUUUGAUGCCCAGGUACCUUUUCUCCUAAUUGUAGAUGGUCAUCCAUCCAGGCUCUCUUUCUUGGCCGUUCGCCUCUUGAGCGCCUUCAAUAUCGAGCUUCUUGUUCUCCCAGGCCAUACAUCUCAUAUCUUACAACCUCUUGAUGUUGGGAUUUUUUCUCCCUUGAAGGCCCAAUUCAAGAAGUUGUUUGAUAUGGCGACUAUCCGGUACGAUCAGCAAGGGCAUAUGGUGAUCAAUUAUGUAUGGAACGCCAGAGAACUGCGCUAUAUCAUGGUUCGCAGCUUCCUUGAUGCAU